GAUUGAAGCUCUUGCUCGACGCUCACUUUUCCUGCCAGUCAACGCCGCUGAGAGAUUUGGAUCUGAACAUUUGGGAGCGUGUGGCCGAUUUCUGCUUCGGGCAAGGCCAAGCCGUGGCCUUUCUAGCUGGUUGGCGCAAAUCAUUGCCAGACCCCAGCCCGACCAUGGUGUGCAUUGCUCGGAAGAGACCACUGUUGAAAUUUGAAGUGGCAUCUGGAGAAUGGGAUUGCGUUUCGGUUUCCAGGCGAGAUGCCCGGGUUGUCUGCCAUGAUGGACGACUACACAGAACUGGCCGGCGCUUGGAGAUGACACAUAAGAAAUUUACGCUGGAUCGAGCGUACGGGUCCGAUGUCUCGGAUGCAGAAUUUUACCACGAUGCAGUACGGCCUUUGGUGACAUCUCUGAAUGGAAGCGAGGCUACCAUCAUUUUCUACGGACAGACUGGGACCGGCAAGACCCACACAUUCAAUGCGUGCUGGCAGCGGAUUGGGUGCGAUCUGGCGGGUCGAACGAUUUCGGUGACGUUCUUCGAAAUCCUUGGCAAGAAAUGCUUUGAUCUGCUUCAGCAACGAAAAGAAGUUAAUUUGCGAUCAGACGGCGAAGAGCGGGUGCAUGUCAGGGGUGCUGCGAAGCUCACCGCGAUCUCUUCCGAGCUUCCUGAACUGUUAGAGGAGGCACUACAGCUUCGGCGAUCGGAAGCAACAGAGAGAAACUCAUUGUCUUCACGCAGCCAUGCCAUAUGCGUCCUUGACAUUGGUGGUCUUGGGACAAUCCGCUUCGUGGAUUUAGCUGGCUCCGAGCGUAAUUAUGAGACACGCUACAUGACCGCGCAGCAGCACCGCGACUUUGCAGAAAUCAACAAAUCCUUGAUGGCACUGAAGGACUGCUUCCGGGCCCAUGCGCGCAUUGCACGCCAGCGGACUGCUCGAGCACCGUACCGAGCAAGCCGACUCACCCAGGUGUUGCGCUCGUGUUUCACAGAUCCGGAGCACAGGACCAUCAUUCUUUCGACGGUGUCUCCUACUGCGACUGAUCUGUUGCAUUCUACAAACUCUCUCCUGCAAGUGACACAGAUGUCAGCAGCAUUGUCGACUUUGCGUGCUGAAUGCUCCGUUGACUUGCCCUUGGUCGAUUUUGCAGCAUCGAUACCAAUUUGGGAGUGGUCAGAGGAGGAUGUUAACAGGUGGAUCAGGACCGUAGACAACGGACGGUUCAAGUACCUGGUCCUGCCCCCGCAGAUUACGGGGGCGGCGCUCUUGAAGCUGUCGUCGAAGGGUCUCGCCGAGCUCUUUGAGAUGAGCAUGCGCCGAGCUAGGGGACGAGGUGAAGGGCAGGCCUGGAACGAGACAGCCGCCAGGGAGGUUGGCUUCCGCAUCGGCCGCAUGGUUUUCGCUGCAGUACGCCGGGAGACCCUUCGCUGGCCAGACGGGGCUGCGAGGCUCAUAGAGGCAGAGAGACUCGAGGCCACACAGCGUGGGCUCUUGGAAGAAGGCUUAAACUUGCCACCAGAAUCAGAGCGGCACUGUGAGUUCUUCUUCUGGGGCGACACUUCCCUCGUUCCGGGCACUCUGUGA